AUGCCAGUUUUUUGUAAACCAAGGUCUAUUCCAUCUGCGUAUAUUGAAAAAGUUGAAAGUGAACUUGAACGUUUGGAAAAAGAAAAUGUGAUUGAGAAAGUGGAAAAUGUCCAAUGGGGUACACCUCUAGUGCCUGUAAUAAAGCCAAAUGGGACAGUAAGGUUAUGUACAGAUUAUAAGAAAACUAUAAAUAAGCAUUCAAAAGAUUAUAACUACCCAUUACCGAAAAUCGAAGAACUGUUUGUAGCUUUGGAAGGAGGAAAAUUUUUUAGUAAGUUAGAUUUUAUAAAUGCUUACAAUCAAUUGGAAAUAUGUAAAGAUACUCAAAAGUUAUUAGCAUGGAGUACACACAAAGGUAUAUAUAAAGUAAAAAGAUUGCCUUUUGGAACAAAACCGGCUUGUUCAAUUUUUCAGCAAGUAAUCGAAAAAGUCCUACAAGGUUUUAAAGGUGUAAAGAAUUUUUUGGAUGAUACCAUUAUAACAGGAGUAGACGAUGAGUAUCAUUUGAACAAUUUAUAUACUUAUUAA